GCAGGAAAGUAUAAAAGGACCUGUAGGUGAGCUCAGAGCCAUGCCGCAAAAUAUCCAUAGCCCUUCAACCAUGGGAAAGAUAGUCUUUUACGAAGGCCGGAACUACCAGGGCCGCCACUGGGAGUGCACCGGGGACUGCAUGGACACCUUCCGGCACUUCAAUGGCUGCCAAUCCAUCCGUGUCAGUGGUAGUUACUGUGUGGCCUACGAGAAGCCUAACUACAUGGGUUAUCAGUACAUCCUCGGCCCUGGUGACUACCCUGACUACCAUUCAUGGAUGGGCUUCAACAACUGCAUCCGCUCCUGCAGGAUGUUCCCCCCAUAUAGAGGAUCCUACAGGAUGAGGCUCUACAACAGACCCGACAUGAUGGGUCACAUGAUGGAGUUCAUGGACGACUGCCCUAACGUGUACGAACGCUUUCACUACCGAGACAUCUACUCCUGCAAUGUCAUGGAGGGCUACUGGAUCUUCUACGAGCAUCCUAACUACAGGGGACGGCAGUUUUUCCUGCACCCAGGAGAGUACAGGUCCUAUAGGGACUGGGGCUGCUUCAACCCCAUGGUGGGCUCUUUCAGAAGGAUGAGGACAAGCAUGUAAAACUCCAGCCAUGCAGGCAUCAAAUGAACAAUAAACUUCUAACUUUAAAAAAAAA